AUGAAAUGUAAUCGGACACACAAUGUAUGCAGUAUAUAUAAUACCGUUAUAUUAAUCAACUUUUGUUUUGUGAAAUUAUUCUAUGCUAAUCAUAUUUCACCCGGAAUUAACAACAUUGAUGAUAAACACAGUGGUGGUAAUGAUGAUGAUGAUGAUAAUGAUAAUUUUCAAAAAUCAAUCCUGCAAACAUUGAAACCUGAACAAUUGAAAGUUGUUAAAGCUGGAGAGAAGGAUGCAAUCAGUAGACUUUAUGGUAAGUGUGAGAGGGAUUGA